AUGGCAUAUGGUGUUCCGGCAGAUUACAUUGAUGACAACUUGGCGAUGGCAGAGAGCACUUCUAUCUUCUAUGUCAAGCAAUUUGCAAUAACUAUGGUAGAAGUGUUCGGUCCACAGUACUUGAGAGCACCCAAUGCUCAGGACACUCAGAGGCUUUUGGAGAUGAACGAAGCUCGAGGGUUUCCAGGUAUGCUCGGGUCUGUAGAUUGUAUGCAUUCAAAAUGGAAGAAUUGUCCAAAAGCAUGGCAUGGACAAUUCAAGGGUCGUGGGAAGGAUGCCACUAUCAUUCUUGAGGCAGUUGCUGAUUAUGAAAUAUGGAUUUGGCAUGCAUAUUUUGGUAUGCCCGGUUCUUGCAACGACAUCAACGUGCUUGACCGGUCACCUCUCUUUGCCAACUUAGCAAAUGGAGAAGCACCACCGAUGACCUUCGAAGCAAAUGGCCGCACCUACAACUAUGGGUACUAUCUUGCAGAUGGGAUCUACCCGAGGUGGAGUACAUUCGUCAAGCCGGUUGCAACACCUCAAGGUAAGAAAGAACUUGUCUUUCAUAAUGCACAAGCGGCGGCUAGAAAAGAUGUUGAGAGGGCAUUUGGGAUUUUGCAAUCCCAAUUUGCUAUUGUACGAGGACCAGCUAGAUUUUGGGAUCAAAAGAUCCUUUGGUACAUCAUGACCGCUUGCGUGAUCAUGCAUAACAUGAUCAUUGAGAACGAGCGUGGAAAAGAUUUAGAUUACAACUUCUAUCACUUGAUGGGCAUUCCUGUUAACUCCAUGCGAAAAGAACAGCGCAUCAGACGUUUCAUGAAGGUGUACAGCGAGAUUAGAGACAGUGAUGUGCAUGACCAACUCCAGAAAGAUUUGAUGGAAGAGCAUUGGAAAUGUGGCUGGACAUCGGCUGAACAGCAGCCGCGCGGCUGCUGGCCGGUUUUGGACCAUGAAUUUGGACCAUCUAUUGGAGUUGCUCUUUUGGACCAUGAAUUUGGACCAUCUGUUGGAGUUGGCCUUUUUUCGGAGCUCUAA